UCCUCACAGACUGUGACGCAUGGACAGAUGCUGACAUGGACGGCGCUGCUCUUCCCACACUGACUCUGACGGCUCUGCUCCUCAGCUGGGCUUGUUACGCUCAAGAAGACGCUGAGAAUCUGUCCUGCCCAGACCACCAGGAGGGCUUUGACGGCUCCUGCUACGAGUUUGUGGCCCUGCAGCGCUCCUUCCUCAGUGCCCAGGGAUGGUGUGAGCGAGGAGGAGGACACUUGGCCUUCAUCCUUAACGAUGAAACGCAGCAGUUCCUGCAGAAGCACCUGCAGCCGGACAAGGACUGGUGGCUUGGGCUGGCACCUGCUGCUCCCAACCUCACGCUGGAGUCUGCUGCCACUGAGGGCUCCCUUGCAUGGCUGGACAGCUCAGAUGUCAGCUACAAUAACUGGGUGAAUUUGCCAGAUCCACAAGCGGCCUGUGGACACAUCCUGAGACAUUCAGGCUUCCAGUGGGAAGCAACAGUCAACUGCAGCCGGGAGCUCGACUUCAUCUGCCAGUUUGAUUCUGGGAGAACCAUUGCAUGUCAUGGCCAAAACGCCACACUGCAGUGUGGUUCGGGUCAGGUGAUCGAGAUCGUUGACAGCUUCUACGGACGAAAGACAAUUCACUUCUGCCGCUCUAAACUCACCGCUCUACCCACGUCCUCACAGGAGGAGUGCAGCUGGAUAGAUGUAGUAGACACUGUCACAGCUCAUUGCCAUGGACUGCAGGCCUGUCAGGCUCCAGUGGAUCUGAGCUCUUCCGUUGAACCGUGUCCUGUGCUGGGAAGUUACCUGUCUGUGGAGUAUCACUGCAAACACGGUCUCUACUUACUGAUAAGCAAACUGGCGGCCGUGUUUGAUAACGUCACCAUCACAGUGAAGUGGCUCCUUCAUCCGUUUCAGGGGAACCUGACGUGCUCGGUCAAUGCCGGAGACGGACACACGAUUGAUCCAUACAGCCCCGAAGAGAUGGAAAGCACCAUCAUGCACAAAUUCAGCCGCCCCGGUGUGUUCGUGGUGGUGGUGGAGUGCACCACGAGUGACUGGCACGUCACAGCUCAGAGAGCCAUCACUGUUCAGGAGCCUGUGGGAGAGUUUAGUGCCAUCACAUGCUAUAGCAGGAACGUGUCAACAGAGGGCACUAAAUGCAACGCUCUGUAUGGACGUCCUGUUCAGAUCCAGGUGAUGAUGGAGGCUGGUACAAAUAUUUCCUACACUGUUCGUCGUGAAGAACAUUUGGUUGCAAACUCAUCCGUGGACGUUGGCAUCAAACCUCACAACGUUACGCUGAGUUCAGCUGCGGUGGAGGAGCUCGGGCCCGGCUGCCACAACCUGACUCUGGCUGCGUCGAACAGUGUCACAGCGCGCACCGUGUCCACAGAUCUGCAGCUGUGUGUGCUGCAGCCUGUGGAGUACCUGCAGGCCUCAGUGGUGUCAGAGGAAGGCAAGUGUCCAGACUCAGCUGACAUGGUCAUUGAUGUUUCUCUGGAGCUCGGAGCCCCGGUGCAGCUUCUCUUCAAUCUCACCGGAGCCACGGAGACACGGUCUAUGAGCAGGGACCUGCUCGACGGCAGCUCACAGGUUUAUACCUUCUCCAAACCAAUCGAAGGACUGGUAAAGAUUCAAGUGCGAGCCACGAACGCUUUCUCAGCCUCUGAUGUGGAUGUGGACCUGGAGAACGUCCUGGAGGCUUGUCAGAAUCACUCAGCACAUGAACAUGAAACCACAGCAGAUGUGAGAAUAAUCGCUGCUCCUGACUCUUUGAGCGACUACAGUCACAACGUCACACUGAGAGCAGCGGGAACCGAAGCCUUACCCAGCACAGGACUCACGUUUGAAUGGAAGUGUAAAGGAAACUGCAUGUGCAGAAACAUAAAACAGGAUGAAUUUCACAUCAUCGAGAAAGACUGCCUUCCCAAGCCCUUUGAAUUUUUCAAAUACACUUUAACUGUGAGGAAGAAAACCUGGUUCAGGGAGUGGGCAGAUCUCGGUUCAGUCUCUAAAUGCAUCACCGUGACUCCAAAGGAAUUCACCCAUGUCACCAUCAGUUGUGAUAACUGCUCUCCUGUGAAUGUGGACGGUGGUGUGAAGCUAAGACUGAGCUGCGUGACAACGUGUCCACAUGUGGUCUGGUUCACUGAAGACCCCAAACCUGUGAAGACUAACCUUCAAAGGUGUUACUCCAGAGCAGGAAGGACGCCCCCUGUUGACCUGCAGGAUGGCAGCACUGAAUAUAUCGUACAAAGUCAACAUCUGAAGGUGUCGAGGGACACGCGGCAGAACAUCACUGUGAUCGCUUAUGGCAAUAAUGAGCUUGGUUUUGCCAAAUACACUCUCCCCGUACCUGAUCCUGAACCAACUGAGCCACCUCCGACCCCGAGUCCUCCGUCCUGCAGCAUCUCCCCCACAUCAGGGACUGUACUUGAUGCCUUUGACAUCACCUGCAAACCCAGCUCCUUUUGCUCUGAGGGCUGCUCUUAUUGCUUCAAAACUGACACUGGCACACAUCUACGUUGCAGCAACACAAACGAGGUGAAGUCCGUCUUCCUGCCUCUGGGAGACGCGAACAACGAUUACAGUUUGUCUGUCGUGGUGACUGUGAAAAGUGGAAAUGAGAAAACCUCCACGACUGUCACCACUCAGGUACAGCAAAGUGUGUCCAGUGCGUCGGUGGUGGCUCUGCAGUCUGCAGUGGAGGACACUGUGACUCAGUUAGAGAAGCAGGGUUUGCUCACCACUGAGGCUCUUGGGCAAAUAUUUACCUCAGUCUCAGACAUUCUGAAUGCAGAGGACAACGAGGAGCAGAAGGAUGCGAGGACCGAGCUCAGGCAGCAGAUGCUGAACAAAAUGGCCACAGUGCUUGUGGACUCACCGAGCAACUCCACGCAGGAAGUGCAAGUGACGGCCAGAGCUGUGGCUGGACUCACCCAGCGCUCGGACGAGCUCAGUCCUGCUGCUCAAGAAGAAGCAGGUUCAUUGUUGGUCGACCUCAGCUCCUCCCUCAACACCAUCAGUGUUCAUCAGGACGACAGCGACGAUGGAAAAGUCGUCGAAGCAGCUGCACCCAUAGUUGAAGCAGCCAGUAAUAUUUUAAAUGUUUCAUCAAAUAAAAAAGUCUCCGAUUUUCUUCUGACUGGGAUCAACAACGUUCAGAGUGCUUUGCUGACCAAUAAAAAGCUGGAUGGAAACCCUGCCAUCAUUGAUUCUGGUCAGAUCAGUGUGUACGUCAACAGAGUCUCUGCAGAGUCCAUGCAGAUGCAAGACAUAAACGUACAGAAGAGCAGCUCGUCCAGGUUUUCCUUCCCUCGACUGCCUGAUGAUGUUGUUUCUCCAGAGGAGCCGAUGGACGUGAGAAUGAUGAGCUUUGAGAAGAAUCCAUAUUCCUGGAAAGAGGGAAACAUCACAGGAACGGUGGGAUCAGUGUCUCUCACCAGAGUCAACGGCUCUGCCAUUCCUGUGGAGAACUUACCUGAGGAGAUCGAGAUUCUUCUACCCAGGCCUGAUGAAGGGCAGGAGAACAGCACAAUCAUUGACCUUGCCAAUUUCAGCACAGUCAUAAUUGACGUCCCGUCGCCGGAUGUCACGCUCGUGCUGAAGAUGGAGCCUUCUGAAGACAUUUCUUUCAUUGUGUUGCUGGGAUUUAAAGAAUAUCCAGAUGAUGAGAAUUAUGUGGCAAAGGCUCAGAUUCCCCAAGAGAAUUUGAAAGAAGAGGAAAAAUACACCUGGGUGCUGAGUCCCCAAAACAGAACAGGAGAUGUCGGCGUUCACUACCUGGUUUUGAAGCCCAUUGUUGAGCCCGGUGUCAAAUCCAUCAACGCCACAGUCGCCGUCACUUCCAUCGCUGCCCAGUGCAAAUACUGGAACGAAACUCAAUCUUCCUGGAGUGAAAAUGGCUGCAGGGUGAGUUAAAAACCUAACAUACGUCAUCCACACGGAUCAGCCGUGACGUUUAAAGCUGCUGUUGUUCUGUUUGUGCAGGUCGGUCCACUGACGACGCCUCUGGUCACUCAGUGUCUCUGUAACCACCUGACUUUCUUCGGCAGCUCGUUCUUUGUCAUGCCAAACCUGGUGGACGUGUCGCGCACGGCAGAACUCUUUGCGACGUUCACUAACAAUCCUGUGGUGGUGUGUUUCGUGGGGGCCAUCUUCGCUGCUUAUCUGGUGGCAGUGGUCUGGGCUCGCAGGAAAGACAUCCAGGACUCAGCCAAGGUUAAGAUAACAGUGCUCGAAGACAAUGACCCCUUGGCUGAGUAUCAUUACGUGCUGAGUGUCGGCACCGGGCAUCGCCGCGGUGCCUCCACCUCCUCUCAGGUGACCAUCACUCUGCUGGGCACAGAGGGAGAAAGUGACCCGCAUCACCUGACCGACCACGAGAAGCCGGUGUUUGAGCGGGGCGGGGUGGACAUGUUCCUGCUGACCACACACUUUUCUCUUGGAGACCUGCAAAGCAUCAGACUGUGGCACGACAACUCGGGAGGAUACCCUGCGUGGUAUGUGAACAAAGUCAUGGUGCAGGAUCUGGAGACUGGUCAGAAAUGGCAUUUCCUGUGUAACUCCUGGUUGGCUGUAGAUGUGGGAGAGUGCGCUCUGGACAAGGUCUUCCCAGUCGCCUCAGAAAUGGAUUUGAAGAGGUUUAGUAACCUGUUCUUUAUGAAGACAGCCAAAGAUUUUAGUGACGGCCACAUCUGGUUCUCGGUCGUGAGUCGACCUCCGUGCAGCACGUUCACGCGCGUGCAGCGAGUUUCCUGCUGCUUCUCUCUGCUGCUGUGCACCAUGCUGACCAGCAUCAUGUUCUGGGGAAUCCCAACAGACCCGUCAGAGCAGACCAUGGACCUGGGUCACAUCGAGUUCACCUGGCAACAGGUUAUGAUCGGAAUACAGAGUUCAAUCAUCAUGUUUCCCAUCAAUCUACUGAUUGUGAGUAUCUUCAGAAACACUCGACCGCGAGAGAGAACCGGCAAAAGAGACGCGUCCAGGCAGGGGAAGACCGGCCGAGUGUCUCCUUCACAGACGUCUUCCCCACAGAAAGAGCUGAAGGACAUCACAGCAGACACAGUGAUCAAGGACAUAAAGAAAAUCGCCCAGUCGCUUUCAAAGGCCAUGAAAAGUCCACUGCCCCAUCAGGACGUCCAUGCUGGUCAGCAGGCGGACAUCAACACUCUGCUGUCUCUGGUGGAGGACAUCAUCAGACGGCAGAACCGAGCCGGCGGAGACUUCUACACGGACGCCGCCAAAACGGAUCACACCUCCAUCCUCAGUUUAGGUGCAGUCAGUUUACAAGACAACAGCAUGUGCGAAAGCCCCGAGAAGAUUUCAGACGAAUCUCAGAAGAAGAGCAACAACAGCAGGUUCCUGUACCGGCAGCUGCGUCACGUUGAGAACGAGCUGGGUCUGUUGGGACCUUCUCGAUUCCCAAACCCUGACAGCUACAACCGAGCCAUGCAUCAGGUCCAGGGGAUGAAGGGUCUCCUGAACUUCCACCUGCCAGCGUCCAGCCUGGACGGUGAGCACUCUGACCGCAGCCCCAGUCCAGAAGAGGGCAGCACCGGUGGGGACUCGUCCAAAAGAUGCUGUCCAGCAGGGCUGCCAUGGUGGUUUGUCUUUAUUGGAUGGAUCCUGGUGAUCGCAACCAGUGGAGUGUCAGGAUACUUCACCAUGAUGUAUGGGCUGACAUAUGGAAGAGAUCGCUCCAUCAGCUGGCUCAUCUCCAUGUUGGUUUCCUUCUUUGAGAGUCUGUUCAUCACCCAGCCUCUAAAGGUUCUUGGUUUUGCUGCUUUCUUUGCUCUUGUGCUGAAGAAAAUUGACCAGGAGGAGUUUGGAGAGCCUCAGAUAGACGAGAGUCUCAGAAACACAGAUGAUGCUGACACUGUGCGGGCAGCGAGGAGAGACAGCACAUGUAGCUUCUAUCAGCCACCGCCUCCCACUGACAUCGAGAGGAUCAGGAACAACAUGAUCAAAGAGCGCAAAGUCUUUACACUAAUGGGGGAGAUUGUUGCCUACAUGGGAUUCAUGUGGAUGCUGCUCCUGGUGGCGUACGGUCAGAGGGAUCCCAACGCUUACUUUCUGACACACCACAUUCGCCAGAGCUUCAGCAAAGGGAUCUCAGACAGUAUGAGCAUUCAGGACGUGUUCCACUGGGCAAACACCACUCUGCUGAGCAACCUGUUUGGAGAGCGCCCGGGAUUUAUCACGGACGGAAACUCAAAGCUGGUGGGUAACGCGCGUCUCCGUCAGGUGAGGGUGAAGAAAAACUCCUGCCAUGUCGCUCGCUCCAUGCAGCAGUCUCUCCUGGACUGUCACGCUCCGUACUCGUGGGAGCUGGAGGACGUGGGCUCGUACGGUCCAGCGUGGAGCAGCUCUGUGGGAGGCAACGUCUCCGUGAACCUGCAGAGCCCGUGGACGUACCAAUCCCAGGGUAAACUGAGGGCCUUCCCCCUCUGGGGCAGUGUGGUUUUCUACAGAGGAGGAGGGUUUGUGGUGGAUCUGGGGCCUGAUUUACCAAAUUCCAGUCGAUCCCUUCAGCGUCUUUAUGACAGCGCCUGGUUUGACGUGUACACUCAGGCCGUCUUCGUCGAGUUCACAGUAUACAACGCCAAUGUCAACCUGUUCUGCAUCGUCACGCUCAUGCUGGAGACCACGGCCAUCGGAGCUUUCCAGUUCCGCAGUGAGCUUCAGAGCGUGCGUCUCUACCAGUCGACUGGCGGCCUUCACAUCUUUGUCAUGGCCUCUGAAGUCAUCUACUUCCUCUUUAUCGUUUAUUACAUGUUUGUUCAGGGAAAACAGAUGAAGCAGCAGAAAUGGGCUUAUUUCAAGAGUAAGUGGAACCUGCUGGAGCUGGCCAUCAUCGUUCUCAGCUGGAGUGCACUGUCUGUGUUCAUCAAGAGGACUCUACUGGGGAACCGGGACAUCUACUACUACCAGAAUAACCGGGACCAAUAUGCCAGUUUCCAUGAGACAGCGCAGGCCGAUGCAGUGCUGGGGUAUCUGAUUGCCUUCUUAGUAUUAUUGGCUACAGUCAAACUGUGGCACCUGCUGAGACUGAACCCCAAGCUGCACAUGAUAACAUCGACGCUGCAGCGAGCCUGGACUGAUAUUUCAGGCUUCCUGGUGGUCAUGACCAUCAUGUUUCUGGCCUACUCCGUUGCGUCUAACCUGAUGUACGGGUGGAGGUUAUACUCCUAUCGCACUCUGCUGGAUGCAGCACAGACCAUGGUCAGCCUGCAACUUGGCAUCUUUAACUAUGAGGAGGUUCUGAAUUAUAAUCCGGUGCUUGGUGCUUUCCUCAUCGGCUCCUGCAUUGUGUUCAUGACCUUUGUGGUGCUGAACCUCUUCAUCUCUGUCAUCCUGGUGGCAUUCAGUCAGGAGCAGAUCCAUCACAAGCCGUCAGAGGAGGAAGAGAUCGUGGACCUGAUGCUCAUGAAACUCUGCAGUUUGUUUGGCCUUAAAUUUAAGAAACAAGGAGGCGACGAACCGACCGAGAGGCCGUUUGUUCCGUCUGUUUCAGCAGCAUCGACAAAUUCUUCCAUGAAUCGGUCAAACUGAAUGACAAAGAAUGCUUUGUGUUUGUGUUUUAUUGCUUUUCCUGUUAGCCUCUGUAAUGCAAAUCAACGUGUUGCUUUUGUGACUGAAUAUUAACCCCUGCACGUCUGCACCGACCUGUCAUUACUAAAGAGUUGGUGAGGAGAGAGCAAAGAGAGACGAUUGUUGUGUUAUGAAGCGAGGCACUUUUCUUAGACUGCAAUGUGUUUAUUUAACAAAUAAAUGUGUUUCUGUUACUGCAUGAAAUGGAAAUGUUAUUAAAAGCAUACAGUACGACUACAA